AUGCUUCAUAAUCUUUCUUUAUCAUCGAAUGCAUCAAUGAUUCGUUACGCGUUAGCAUAUAAGAACUUCAAUCCUAACGAAACAUAUCCAGAAGAAGAAAAUGUGGAAUCAAGUUUUGAAUUAACGAAAAAGUAUUGGAAAUAUAAAAUUGAAUCAUAUAAGAAACAAGAUGAAAAAGCAGAAAGGGAUACUAAAAACAAUGUUUCAAUGGAUGACUAUCAAUACUAUCACGAUUUAAUCCUUUCAUCUAAAUGCAAAAUGUGUGGUAAAGCGUUUACAUAUGCAAAUAAACCAACAUUAGAUAGAAUCGAUAAUGAAAAACCACAUACCAAAGAAAAUUGUCAGUUAAUGUGUUGUUAUUGCAAUGUCGUAAAAUCAAAUAAAGAUGAAGAUGUUCAACGUUUAAGAAUCAAUUUAAGAAAUUAUGCAUUAAAAAUAAUUUACCAAUGA